AUGACAAACAUCUCACGAUAUCUUGUUAACCACCUGCUGACAUUCUCCCUCCAGGAUGGGGAAGUGCAGAGCGUAGAGGAAGCCCAGGCGCGUCUCUCCGUCCUGGCUCAGAACAAGAAGCUGUGGAGUCAACAGAUGUUCCUGGACGUUGGAGCAGAGGCCAUUCACCUCAGGGACACACAGAGCCAGGACGAGCUGGAGAGAUACUCUUUCAAAUCCCUUUUCCGCUGUGACGCCAUCAACACAGAGAAACAUCAUCCAUCCCUCCUCCUCUUAGUUUGCCAGAGUGCAGAUCAGAAGAAGCCAGACAUUCUCUUUUUUAACUGUGAGACUGUAAAGGCAGAGCAGAUCUGUGACGUCAUCACACGCGCGGUUUCGGGUUCCUCCAACAGCCGGAGUGAGAGGGUGACUGAUGAACUCAGGCUUCACCAGAGCGCAGGAGAGAUGAUCGACCCCUACGAAAUCCCAAGCCCACCCAUCGCACACGCUCCAAAUCCCCCACCGGCUAACCCUCCACCUUAUCCUGGACUUAGAGCAAACGGCAUGAAUGGCGGUCUUGACAUCUCUUUCCUGCAAGCGGAGAGAGAAGUGGGAAUCCUCAAUCACUGUUUCGAUGACAUCGAGAACUUCAUGGGGAGGCUGCAGCAGACUGCGGAAGCUGCGACAGUGCUGAGCCAGAGGAAGAAGAAGAAGAAGAAAAGUAAAAAGCAAACUGCUGAAGAGGAUUUACUCACUGCAAAGGCUCGCCCCCCACCAGAGGAGGAGUUCAUCCAUAUCUUCCAGAAAUUCAAAUACUGCUUCAGUCUUCUGGCCCGUCUUAAGUCAACCAUCACAAAUCCUUCAUCGGAGGAGCUUGUUCACCAUGUGUUCAAACCUUUGGAUAUGAUGGUGAAAACUACAGGGGGACCAGGUCUGGGGGCCUCAGUGUCCAGCCCCGCCUUGACCAGCUCUGCUGUCUCCCUGCUUCAAGACACUCUGAGCGAGGGGGAGAGGCAGCUGUGGACGUCUCUGGGUCCCAACUGGACGCUCCCACGCUCUCAGCUCAGAGGCCCUGUAGCUCCGUACAGCCCUGUCUUCUUGGACGGUUGGAAGCCGGAGGCCUUGAGGGCAGACGGGCAGGUUUGGGAGGAUCCAGUUGAGUCACAGCACAAACAUGAAGACCUCCGAGUAAAACAAGAGUUAGCUCCAGAUGUCCACAUCAGUGAUGAAACAGACGGACUCCCCACAGACCCUGAGAGAAUCUACAGCUGCACCUACGACUUCAUCGCCCGGAACAGCAGUGAGCUGUCAGUGCAGCAGGGGGAGACAGUUGAGGUGGUUGAAUCCUCAAAGCGCUGGUGGAAAGUUCGUAAUCGCUUCAACCAGGUUGGAUUCAUCCCCUUCAACAUCCUUGAACCCAUUGCUCACAUUGACAGCCCUGUCAUCAACAAACACCCCAUUGCUCCAGUUCUGCCUAACCCUGCAAAGACUCUCACCCCAGUCCCACCCAGCCCUCCUGCUUUACAUCUCGCCCCCACCCACUCCCCCCAGCACCCACGCAGCCUGCUGCCAUACAACCAACACACAUCAGCUGCGGAGGAUUCUGAAAACAAAGUCAUGUUGGUGAACGACGAGCUGCUGCAGAGGCUGACCAAUGGAAAGAGCAACCUGAACAAACCUCUGCACAUCCCUCGCUCUGCAGAGACCUCCGUGCCUCUGGACUACCACUCUCCUCCAGACGAGGUGGCCCAGUGGCUGCGAGGGAAGGGCUUCAGUGAGCCGACGGUGACAUGUUUAGGAGUACUGACAGGUGCUCAGCUCUUCUCUCUAAACAAGGAGGAGCUACGAGCUGUGAUUCCAGAUGAGGGCGCCAGAGUGUACAGCCAGCUGACUGUGCAGAAAGCACUGCUGGAGGAUGCCAGGAGAGCCACAGAACUGGAGGAGGUGAUGGAGAAACAGAAAAUGAAGGUGGAUCUGAAGGAGGAGAGCAGCACACUGUGAGCAGCAGGAGUUUGAGAUGAAGGAUCGUCUUCUUCGAUCACUUCAGAGUCAACUCCUGAAUGUUUGAAUAAAAUUCACCAGAGAUCAAAUGUGACAGUGACUUCACCCUCCCCGUUGACAUAUGGCUCAUUAAAACGUCAUAAUCUCAUCUUAAAACCAAACCUUUGAGACGUCAGCUUCUGAUGCCGACCGGCACUGAUCAAGUCAAAUAUUUAACCUUCAAAUACCAUUUGUAAUGUAUGUUGUUGAUUGUGCUGUGAAUAGCUUUCUUUCUUUAGGUUUAGACUAACUUAAACAGAAUGUAUUUAUCUUGUUUGUAAUAUACUUGAUUGAAGCCAUGAUCAACACGUGAUAAAAAAAAAAGAGCAGACAAUUCUUAA